AUAACUGAUUGAUUGCGGUCGAGGAACAUUGACAAUUGAUGGAGGGGUGGAGAUGCCCAAAGAACGGAGGGGGGAGGAAAAGAGAGGGUGGAAGGGGAGAGUAAGAUUGGGGGGUGGGGGGGAGACGGAGUGUGAAACAGAGGAAACAUGUGACCCCCGCUCCUGCCCCAAUCUACGCGUCCCCGAGCAUCACGUGGCCGGGAAGGGCGGAGAGCCCAGCGCGCUCCGCGGUGUGGAGCAGCCGCCGCCGCCUCCGCUGCCCAUCUAGCUUCUGGUUUCUCCGCCGCGGAAUAUGAGGAAAUCGAAGCGGGCGGGCGGACUUCCUCCGGCUCCGGCUCCGGCUCCCCACUUUCCUUACCCUGGUGGCCGCGCCGCGCGGGGUCUCAAUUACUGAGGAGGAAAGCACACUGGGUGGGCGGGUGCCCCGCGCGCCCCUGGAGUUGACGGUCCAGCCGGUGUCCACACUCCCACCGGCGCUCCUCCUGGACACCCCUGCAGUCUGUUCCUCACUCGCCCCCCCUCCAAAAGGAGGUUUCAGUUUAUUUUCGAGCUGGGGAAAGGAAGAACGGCGAGGAGGAAAAAAGAGGGGAGGCGGCGCAUGGCAAACGUAGAAUAAAUGUCCGUCUCGUCCUCGGAGCGAAAUCGAGGGAGGGGACACACGGGGGGGGCGGCGAAGAGGGAGCUGCCCAUUAAAACCAGCUCUGAGAGUCCUGGCGGCGGCGGCGGCGGCGCGGGCGGCGGCAGUGCAGACCCUGCCUGGACCAGCGCGCUCUCUGGAAAUAGCUCCGGCCCCGGCCCAGGCUCGUCCCCGGCCGGCAGCACCAAGCCUUUUGUGCACGCCGUGCCCCCCUCUGACCCCCUGCGCCAGGCCAACCGCCUGCCCAUCAAGGUGCUGAAGAUGCUGACGGCACGGACUGGCCAUAUUUUGCACCCCGAGUACCUGCAGCCCCUGCCUUCCACGCCUGUCAGCCCCAUCGAGCUCGAUGCCAAGAAGAGCCCGCUGGCGCUGUUGGCGCAAACAUGCUCGCAGAUCGGGAAGCCCGACCCCUCGCCCUCCCUGGCCGGCCACCCCCUCUACCCCUACGGCUUCAUGCUCCCCAACGACCCGCUCCCCCACAUCUGCAACUGGGUGUCGGCCAACGGGCCGUGCGACAAGCGCUUCGCCACGUCCGAAGAGCUGCUGAGCCACUUGCGGACCCAUACGGCCUUCCCCGGGACAGACAAACUGCUGUCGGGCUACCCCAGCUCGUCGUCCCUGGCCAGCGCCGCCGCGGCCGCCAUGGCCUGCCACAUGCACAUCCCCACGUCGGGCGCGCCGGGCAGCCCCGGGACGCUGGCGCUGCGCAGCCCCCACCACGCGCUGGGACUCAGCAGCCGCUACCACCCCUACUCCAAGAGCCCGCUCCCCACGCCCGGCGCCCCCGUGCCGGUGCCCGCCGCCACCGGACCCUACUACUCCCCCUACGCCCUCUACGGACAGAGACUGACCACCGCCUCGGCGCUGGGGUACCAGUGAGGGCAGCCGGGAGGGCCAGCGCGGGAGAGAAAGGAGCCGGGGGAAGGGGUGGCACCGAGGGAGGGGCGGGAUCGUGGCCGGGGCUGCUGACACCCGCGCGCGGGGCGCACCCGGGCCCCGCAAGGAAAAAAAUGUAUACCGUAUCUAUCUACCCGACAACAGCGACUGAGACCCGGUGGGAAGCCCCCUUCCUCCACCUCUCGCCUCCUCACCCAAACUUUAUAAAAGUUGAAAAAGAUAUCAUUUGACUUUUUAUAGAAAAAGAAGGAAAAAAAAUAAUUGAGAAAGUGUUCAUCUGAGGACUGCAUCGGUGGACACUGGUAUUUAUUUAUGUUAGCUCCAAGCGGACCCGUGGUUCAAAAGUGCAUUAUUUAGUUUGAGCUCCGUAGGUUAAAGAGGAGGAGGGAAAAAAUUUAAAACUUGAGGGUAAAAAUAUGGAAAACAAACCCUCCCAUCCCUUGUAGAGUAUAAAUAAAAGCAAAGCCGCCACAGAACUAGAGGUCUUCUCUUUAAUGUUACUUUAAAAUUGCUAUGAUUGUAUUGUACGUUAUUUAAUGUCUGAUGGAAACACAAAUUUACAUGCAUGUUUGUUACAAAAAAUGAAAAAAAAAGACGAAACAAAAGUCACAAUUUGUCAGCUCUGAUUUCAAAUUGCAAUUAUUUUUAAGGUGUAUACCAUCGAAAGAGAAUGGGUAUUUUUUUGUAUGUAUUCUGGAAGAAAACAACAAAAAAAAAAGGAAAAACAAUUCUAUUCCAAAACCUCAUUUGCCUUAUUUUGUUCUUUAAAAGGAACACUUAACUAUUUUUAAUUUUUAAGUCCACCCGCGGAGAAGGGGACAAGGUUUACGUCAUGUACUAAAAUAAUAGACAAUGUAUCGCUUUAAAGAUUAAAAUUCCGUAUAUUUGAUGUAUUAAAAGGUUUUACUUCUU